AUGCUGGCGGCAGCUGGGAGCCGCGUCUGCCUGGGCCGGCUCCUGGCCGAAGGGCAGCUGCACGCCCCCCUGCUCCGGCCGGCAGCCCGUGGGAUCGCGGCCACUGCAGCUUCCUCCAGCAGCGCCCACAACCGAAGCCCAGGGGCCAUCAGCUCGGCUGAGAAGAUGUACAAAGUACCUGGUAGUUACAAACCUUCCAACUUUGACAAAAAAAUCCUCAUGUGGACAGGACGCUUCAAGACUGAAGAAGAGAUUCCCUCAAGGAUCCCGCCAGAAAUGCUGGACAUUGCAAGAAACAAAGCUCGGGUAAAAGCCUGUUAUCUAAUGAUUGGACUCACAAUUAUCGCCUGCUUUGCUGUGAUUGCAUCAGCUAGAAGGGCUGAACACCAUGAGUCCCUAACAAGCUGGAACCUAGCAAAGAAAGCCAAGUGGCGUGAAGAGGCUGCAGUAUCAGCAGAGUUUAAGACUAAAUAAUAUUUCUAUUAAAAGCUGUGGAUUUGCUAGUAGGAGCAAACACCACAAAAAAACAAACAAAUGUUAUUUGGCAUAAUUAGUGACUGUAACUAGUUAGCAGACUGCUAUGUUAAAUAUCAACACAUUGGAGCCCAACAAUGUUGCACUCAAAAAAAUGUUGGGAACGAAGGGAAUAGGGUGUCUUUUUCUACAUUACACAGAGGUAUUUUCAGUACUUGCAGCAGAUGACCAAGGUCAGUUCAAAUCUUUAGAAAGUUCUAAUAAUUCCAGUUUCAAGAGACUAUUUUUUUUGCCUCAAUUUGAUAAAAAAAUAUGUAAUUGUCCACAAAGACAACACAUACAUCACCUACCCUGUCCUGAAAUCUCUUCCUGCUAGAUUUGAUUCUGGACAUUUUUCUAUCGACACAAAAUUAUAUUACUGACAAGAACCACCAUUUGAAAACUGUUAUAUAUUAAAGAAAUUAAAGCAUACUAAAAAAAUUGUGCAAGCCACAAAUCAUUUAAAUACUAGGGAAGCCAGUGACUAUGUAGUUGGAAAAAUUAAUAGCAUCCCUACAGUAUCUCUGUUGAAUCUCGUUUACUAGACCAGGCUGAACUGACACAGUUUACUUAUACAGUGUUGUAGCUGUGUCAGUACCAGAUAUUAGAGAGACAGGGUGGGAGGGG